GGAGACAGACGUGUCCUCCUGGAGAAGCAUCCCUCGUGGUCAAUUCAUCGAAAAGCCGAAAACUGACACAUGCGCUGGAAAACGAGAAGAUCAACAUGGGUCAAAGACGCGAAUCUGCAAUGUCCAGCACUGUCCUGUCAGAGUAUCUCGAAGAGUGGGGGGAGCAUCUGGAGGCAAGCGGGCAGUCCCGACUGAGCAGAAUACUGAAGUUCAUGCGCGAAUCACUGACGGCUGGCGCCAUCAUAGUGGUCAUGACGGUCCUCGCCCUGGUGGACACCGUGUUCGAGUCCGAAGGCCGCCCCCUGAGCGAGCGCGUGUCCAUGCGCACCUUCUGCGGUGGCUUCUCCAGCUUCGUGUCCUACGACAUCCUGGCCUACCGCAAGCCACUAAUGUGGAAGGCGCUACGACACGCCCAAUUCGCUGCCACCGAACUGCAGUCGGAGGCCACCCCAGCGGGCAGGGUAUCGCCUUCAAAAUGAAUGUACUGAUGGCAUGCGUCAGCCCAAUGCUCACUCGGUAAAGAGUGCUGGUUUGCACACGACUCGUGCAAACC